AUGGUUCACAUUAUCGAAGACGAAAAGCCGGUUCUUUGUGCCGAGCAAAAGACUGUCGGUCAAAGACCUACCGGUGACAUCCUGGACUCAUACCCCGAGUAUCAGAGCACCGCAGUGCUUGAUAAACUGCGGGAGACCGAGUACAGUUACCUGGACGAGCAAGACCAUCUGUACCUGGACUAUACCGGCGCCGGACUCGCUGCCAAAGCACAAUACCAUGAGCACGAGGCCCGUCUGACCAGCCAACUGUUCAGCAACCCGCACUCGCUCAAUCCCACCAGUGAGGCGUCGACGAAGUUGGUGGAGAGGGCGCGCAUGCGCGUGCUCGAAUACUUCAACGCUUCACCCGAGAAAUACACCGUCAUCUUUACGCAGAACGCCACCGGUGCGGCGCGCCUGGUGGGCGAAGCAUAUCCCUUCCGGCGCAACUCAAAAUUCGUUCUCACCUUCGACAACCACAACUCGGUGAAUGGGAUCCGGGAGUUUGCCUGUCGAAACCAUGCGCGCACGGUGUACGUCCCCACCCAGGCUCCGGACUUGCGGGUCGACCCGACAGCACUGGUGUCAGCACUCGCAGGUCGGUGGCCCUGGAAGCGAGGCACCACGAGACAUGGCCGCCAGAAGCGUGGCCUCUUUGCAUACCCCGCGCAGAGCAACUUCAGCGGGGUACGUCAUCCGCUGGAAUGGGUCGGCCUGGCGCAGAAAUGUGGCUACGACGUGCUGUUGGACGCCGCCGCUUACCUACCCACGAAAAAGUUGCAGCUUUCGGACGGGAACCCACAGCCCGAGUUCCUAAUGGUAAGCUGGUACAAACUGUUUGGAUAUCCGACGGGAGUGGGAUGUCUGAUCGCUCGUCGCGAUGCCAUCGGCCGACUGUCGCGUCCGUGGUUCUCCGGUGGAACGGUGCAAGCCGUCACCGUCGGCAUACCCUGGCAUACUAUGGCGCAGGAUGGAAGCGCGUUCGAGGAUGGCACCCCCAAUUUCCUGUCCAUUCCCGACGUGCAUUUCGGACUCGACUGGCUAACUCGCGUUGACGUGGCGGUGAUCGAGACCAGGGUGCGUUGUCUGACGGGCUGGUUCUUGGACCGCCUGAAGUGCCUUCGACACGCCAGUGGAGCGCCCAUGAUUCAGAUUUAUGGCCCGCAGGACAAUAAGUCGCGUGGGAGCACGGUGGCUUUUAAUUUCAUUGACGUUACUGGCAAGGUGGUGGAUGAGCGACUGGUGGCGUCCGAGUCAGCCGCCGCGCGAAUCUCGUUGCGCACCGGCUGCUUUUGCAACCCAGGAGGUGGCGAGACCGCGUUUGGCCUCGACAUGCACGCGCUUCGUCCUGUCUGUCGAGUUUCUAAGACAAUAUCGGUGGACGAUUAUGUCAGAUUAGUCGGCCUGCCGUCCGCCGGUGCGAUUCGUGUUUCUUUCGGACUGGCUUCCACUACCGCCGACGUUGAUCGGUUCAUGCAUUGGGCCGAAUACACUUAUCGAGACCGGGAGACUCCUAGGGACGGAUUUCCCCCUCGUGGUCAUUGCUAG